AUGGAUCUAGGGGUGUACCAGCUCCGCAACUUCUCCAUCUCCUUCCUCUCCUCCCUGCUCGGCACAGACACCGCCGCGCCCCUCACACUAGACAGCAGCUCCUCCGGUGCCAGCGUGGUAGCGAUCGACAACAAGAUCGAGCAAGCCAUGGAUUUGGUUAAAAGCCACCUGAUGUAUGCAGUUCGAGAAGAGGUGGAGGUGUUAAAAGAGCAGAUCAAGGAGCUGAUAGAGAAGAACUCCCAGCUGGAACAAGAAAACAAUUUGUUGAAGACCCUGGCAAGUCCAGAGCAGCUUGCCCAGUUCCAGGCGCAGCUCCAGAGCGGCUCCCCUCCCUCUUCAUCCUCACAGCCUGUAACAGGCACCCCAACCCCCGCACAGCCAGCCUCACAAAGCUCCGGACCCUCCGCAUAG